CUGCAGAAGCAAAAAGGGCGACGCGCCCCGUGGUAGCCAAUGAGUCAGGCUGGAGCCCCUCCGCGCCGGGCGUGUGGAUCCAGACCUUGACACAAAGGACAUCUAACUGCCGGGGACGGCCUGGAAGGGAGGACACUUUGGCGGCGCCUUUCCCUUUUAUUUCUCGAGAAUGAAGAGCCGGUGAUAGGCUACUUCCUUUGCGAGAGCCCGGUCCACUGGGGCGGGAGAACAAAAGGCCACUGCUUGCGCAGGACCCGAAGCCGGGUGCCCUGGUCUCCCCUCCCCCGCACCUGGCCCCAAACAUUGCGGCAAAAAGCUUUUCAACUGGCCGGCUCCACGCGGGGAGGAGAACGCUCCCGAGAUCUCUUGUGGCUCGCCCUCACCCACCAGACAGUCCGGCUCUGGGCGCGGGGCUCUUCCGCACCCUAGCGAGCAGAGCGCGGUUGCCGGCGCAUCGCCCACCUCUGGGUUUCGGCCCAACUGUGCUCGCACCAGACACGAGUGCAUAUGGCGGCAAAAGGAAUUUCGCGGUAAGCGCGUCACGCCGUGGACUGCCUUUCACAAGCUGCCUCGGGCCGAGGAAGGUGGCGCUUACUCCAGCCCUUUGUGUCUCGCUCUGCGGUGUAGACCCGGGCUUUCGCUAGCCUGUUCCAUCGGUAGAAAACACACUGGCUUUGGGGCUCGCGUACUAGACUCAGACGGAUAGACGGUAUUGUACGUGGAAGAGAGGAAACGACUCACCGCUAGGAAACGGGGUCUCAAGCAUCGACACUUGCUGCUUCCUGCUUCUGAAGCCCCUCAGAGCAGCGGAAGUUUGGACUGACCGUUGGAGUGCAGACCCCUGAAUAUCAUGCAUUUCAAAAGCGGCCUCGAGCUAACGGAGCUGCAGAACAUGACGGUGCCCGAGGACGACAACCUCAGCAAUGACUCCAACGACUUUACCGAGGUCGAGAAUGGCCAGAUAAACAGCAAGUUCAUCUCUGACCGUGAGAGCCGAAGAAGUCUUACCAACAGCCAUUUGGAGAAAAGGAAAUGUGACGAAUAUAUUCCAGGAACGACCUCCCUGGGCAUGUCUGUCUUUAACCUGAGCAACGCCAUUAUGGGCAGUGGGAUUCUGGGACUCGCCUUUGCCCUGGCUAACACUGGAAUCCUCCUGUUUCUGAUACUUCUGACUUCAGUGACUUUGCUGUCUAUAUACUCAAUAAACCUUCUGUUGAUUUGUUCCAAGGAAACGGGCUGCAUGGUUUAUGAAAAGCUUGGAGAACAAGUCUUUGGCACCACGGGGAAGCUGGUGAUUUUUGGAGCCACCUCUCUACAGAACACUGGUGCGAUGCUGAGCUAUCUCUUCAUAGUCAAAAACGAACUUCCUUCGGCCAUAAAAUUCCUCAUGGGAAAGGAGGAGGAAUUUUCAGCCUGGUACGUAGACGGCCGUGUCCUGGUUGUGAUGGUUACCUUCGGCAUAAUCCUCCCGCUGUGUCUCUUGAAGAACCUGGGGUAUCUUGGCUACACUAGUGGAUUUUCCUUGAGCUGCAUGGUUUUUUUCCUAAUAGUGGUUAUCUACAAGAAAUUUCAAAUUCAGUGCAUGAGUGUAGAACAAAACUCAACAAUCAGUGCCAAUGUAACUGACAUGUGUACGCCAAAAUACGUUACCUUCAACUCUAAGACCGUGUAUGCUUUACCAACCAUCGCGUUUGCGUUUGUCUGCCACCCGUCCGUCCUGCCAAUCUACAGCGAGCUCAAAGACCGAUCACAGAAAAAAAUGCAGAUGGUUUCCAACAUUUCCUUCUUCGCCAUGUUUGUCAUGUACUUCCUGACCGCCAUCUUUGGGUACUUGACAUUCUAUGAAAAGGUGCAGUCAGACCUCCUUCACAAGUACCAGAGCAGAGAUGACAUCCUUAUCUUGACUGUGCGGCUGGCUGUCAUCGUGGCUGUCAUCCUCACUGUACCAGUGUUGUUUUUCACAGUCCGCUCAUCACUCUUUGAACUGGCCAAGAAGACAAAGUUCAACUUGUGCCGCCACAUCUGGGUGACCAUCGUACUCUUGGUGAUCAUCAACUUGUUGGUGAUCUUUAUUCCCUCCAUGAAGGAUAUUUUUGGAGUUGUAGGAGUGACGUCGGCCAAUAUGCUCAUCUUCAUUCUUCCUUCGUCGCUCUACCUACGAAUCACAAACCAGGAUGGAGAUAAAGGCACUCAAAGAAUUUGGGCGGCCCUUUUCCUGGCGCUGGGGGUGUUGUUCUCCCUGAUCAGCAUCCCGCUGGUCAUCUAUGACUGGGCUUGCUCGUCCAGCCACGACGAAGGCCACUGAGACCGGCAAAGGAAAGCCAGCACCUGCCCCCGCCCGCCCAGACAGUCACCCAUCAGCAACUCUUCGCCACUUCUUUUGCAAGUUUACAGACAGACGGAUAUGCACAUGACAACACCCGGGCUGUGACACAGAGAACCCGCUCUGGAACAACUCGUGUCCUCCUGGGAUUGUGGAUUUUAUCUCUCCCAGGUUUCAUGCAGUCUUCUUUCCCUCUCGUUAUGUGUUGUGGCUCCUUCUCAGUCCCUUAGAACUCUGAAAACACCAUCAUCGGGUGUAUUUAUUUGUCAGACACCGGGUUCUAAAACCGUUUUCCUACUGACGUCCCUGCUCACGCUAUCUGUAUCUUUUUAGAAAAGAAAAUAAUCUUAAAUUGUAUAUAUUUAUUUUGCUUUACAGAAAAAAAAGGUUUCAGGAAAAAAAAAGGUUUCAUAAAUACUUUGCCUAUUUUGGUUAACAUAGCACACAGGGGUAAUCCUUUGAGAGACAGGUUGCCUGCCAUUACUGCAUCUGAGCAUGCCCAGUAUUUGAGGCGGCUCUGGUCACCCAGCAUGGGCUGUCCUGGACCUGCUGGUACUCCAUCCUGCUCCCACACGGAGCUAGUCCCUGGGAGUGUCUGUGGCUGGGCAGGGGUGGGCACGGCACUUGUGGAAAUAUAUUGAAAUGCGCAUUUGGGAGAGCUCACAAGGGAAGCUUUGUUUUCCCCCUUGGCAUCUGAUGUCACAGGUAACUCUAGGCUGAAUCACCUGCUUGGGGUCCCCUGGCUCUCACAGUGAUGAAUGAGAUGCCCCAAACGCCUAAGGAAACACUCCUGGUGCAGAUGCCAUCGGUCUACACCCAUAUCUCUGAAGGGGCAGGGGGCGUGUGUGAUGUGUUGGUUUAUGAGCCCGGCAGCAUUCAUUUAGUCAUGUCCACCAGCUUUUUGCAACAGAGAAUAAUGUGUAUCUAAGGAUGGCCUGUCUUAGGUUGUCCUCUUUUAUAUUGGGUACUUUACUUUAGGGGAGUCUUUAAAAGACUUGUUUUAUAUCUAUAAAUCUAGGUUAUUACAAAUACAAGCGUUUUGUACCUUAAAUAAGCCUCAUUUCUAUUCUCCGUUAACUCUCCAUCCAAUCUUGAAGGUAAAUCUUCUGAGAUAGUCUUUUUGGAAAACUUCUGAAGUCACGGUGUCCCCUCUUGCCCGAGCUGGGGAGGACAAGAGGCCCUUCCCCAUCUGUGUUUCUUCCUGUUAUCCCUCUACUACCUGUUCCAUGGGACCCACGCAAGAGGGCAGAGUCUCCUAUGUUCUCCCUAGCACCUCCCGAGGGGACCAGAAAGAAAUGACAAGGAGACUGAAAACUACAAGAGCUUUGGACAUGGCAGCUAGGGAGCCCAGAGCAGCGUGUUCUGCUGGUGGCCAUACCUGUGGCUGGCCAUACCUGUGGCUGGCCAUACCUGCGGAUGGUCAUGGCUUAUUUACAGUAGGAAGUGCACAUCCUGUGAGCACAGUGUGCCCCCAGGGCUCGUUCGCAGCCAGAUGUAUUCUGGUUGAAUUCUCAGAUACAAAAAUGCACUGUGCACAGAUUUCUUACCUAGAAACAGGUAGGAUCUAACAGAGAGUUGGCAGAGGACCCAGACGCUUAGCUGUAGACUCUUUCUGCUGACUCAAGUCCCCAAAGCUCUUCAGGAAUCUCAUGAGAGUCUCGCAGAGAUGUCCCUUUGUACAAUCAGGUCCCUUAGAUAAGGUAGGUGUCCAAGGGCCUGCCAUCAUCCUCCUGGGAAAGAAGGAAUCGUCACCUUGGUACAGUAUCACAUCAUCACCUUGGUACAGUGCUUCAGAGUCUGUUGGUCUUGAGCUCAGACAACUGAACUCCAGGGCCUAGAUAGGAAAAGGGUAAAACCCACAGCCGCCUCUGCCCUUUGCGGAAAUGUUCUCCAUGUCACGGGGAAUGAUGGAAAAUUUGUAGCUUGUUCGGCACUGUUUAAAAUGUAUCGACUCAGUUUGCAAACUGUCCAGCCCUUUGUUUUCCUCAUUCUGUAACCAUCCUUCAUCCUUUUUACAUUCACAAAGUGAAUUCAAACGCUCUCAUUAACUCUGGGAUGUGCUGUGAUUUUGGAUCUCUGGAUUUCAUGUGUUGGUAAAAAUACUGUAUUAUUUACAGUAUAUUUGUUUGCAGGAAGCACAUUGUUGUUGAUGUCUGUGAUGUGUGUUUUAUUUUAAAGCUCCUUUAUGUACAGCCCCGAGUUUGUUGGACUGUAAUAGACCCUACUGUCAUUCAUCAGGUACCACAGAUUAAUUCCAUGGUUUCUGUGGUAUUUCCUGUAUACUGUUCUUACUCUUGUUCAGAAUAAUGAACUGGUAGCCAAAACAUACCUGUAUCACAGAUGUUAGGUAGGACUCAACAGUACAAUCAAAUGCAAUAGACAUUUUCCUGCUAAAUUAGUAGACCCGAGAGUAGUAGACCUUAGCUGUGGGAAGCGGUGUUUUCCAUUGGCACACAGUAUCUCCAUACUGUUGGCCAGGGCCAGUAUCAUACAAUGUCUUCUGGCCAUUGUAACACAGAAUACUGUUGAUUCCUAGCUUAGUGUUGCUGGUUAGAAGUAGGGUUAGCAGAAUGUGCAAAAAGAAAACCCAUCUUUUAGGCAUGGACAGGCAGCCCCCGGGUCAGAGGGAGAACAUAUCCCAAAGUGUUGUAACCUGGAAUGGUUCUGUGACUGGGUUGUAUGUGAUGAUUUGGCCCCCAGAGCAGCAGGGAAAGACUGUCAAAUCUAGAGUUGGGGUGCACUGGAAUAGUGCAACGGGACUGCAGAAGACAAAUUCCCAGAUAGAACUGGAGGGGGGGUGUGGAUUCAGACUGACCAAGAGUAAGCCAUGGCCUGUUGUUGUGGAAUCCAGGCUUCAUCUCUGCCACAGUGUCUGCUGGGCACUGCGUUUGGGGUUCCUGCAACAUUGGAGGAACUAGGUUCAGAAACGGGCAGGUAGGGUAGUGAUAAAGGAGGAAGAGGGAUUCCUUAGCCUCCACCUUUUGUCUUCUCCAAAACUACCAAACUUGGCCUGGCUGCUUCCGGUUCUGUGGCCUUUCCUCCUAGAGUUUGCCUCCUUCUUGGCCACUAACAUCAUAUCUCCUUGCAGGAGAGCCAUCUUUGAGAGCAGCACACGACACUUUUAAUGUCUUCUGUCUCAACCAUGAUCUAGCUGCUCAGUAAUCAGACGCAAAAGAAGUCGACAUCUACUUUCUUUCUUGUAUGUUUAUGGACCAUAUUGAGAAAUGUAACGGCGCCAUUGGGGUGGGUUGCAGAUGACCAAGGUCUGCGGUAAGAUGUCUCAGUGUUUCAGAGGAUACCUCCAACGAUUAUGCCAAGAAUUCUGGAGUUCAGCUCAAGCCCCCAAGCUGGUGUUUCUCAAAUUGUGCCCCCGCCCCCCCAGCAAGCAGCAUGGACCGCAUCUGCAGACACAUCAGAAUGCCAAUCCUCCGUGUUGCCAGAUGCCGUGGACGACGCAACCUGUUCUCUGCAAGUCUCAGGUCUAGACUCCAGGUGAUGCCAGCUGCAUCAAGUUUGGGAGCCACUCUUGAGCCAAUCACAUGUCAAUCACAGCUCAGAAGAUCGUUCCCGGGGUGAGGAAUUAGAGCCAAGACUCAGAAAGGGAAGGAAAGAACCCCAGCCAGUGUCUCUGAAAAUGAAGGAGACAUCUUGUGUGAGACCCCUACCUGUGUCCCCUCCUGCUGGAAGGGCAUGAGUAAAACUCAGGGUGCCUGCACUUUAGGGGAAAUGGCCUAAGGCACUAACAUAUUUUCUUACAGUUGUGAAGACACCAAAGUGAGACUUUACAAAAUGUAGGUAAAUUUAAAUGCCUUAUUAGAGUGCCGGUCCACGGGUAUUGCUGAGUUUCUAGGAGUUGGUUCUCCAAGAGGACUGUGUUCGUGGUUGGCUAGAGAGCCGACCUGCUAGGUGCGAGGCCCUGGUGAAGUUCAGCCCUGGCAUCGGAAAGAUAUAAAAUAUCUGUACAAUAAGUAGUCUAGUGAAAGGUCUGCGCUGCUCUGGGAGCUGCCAGGGGCUAUGAAGGAAGAGCAGAGCCCAGCCUGUCUCUGGAGCAUGGUGUGAGGUGGCAUUGUUUAUCAGAAUAGGGCAGAGGUGGUUAGUAUCAUGUGCAUGGUCUAUGCCUUCGGGCAAAGCCUCCGUUCAUUCAUCAAGAGAAUAGGCUUUAAGAACGGCAUUGCCGGGUAGUGGUGGAGCCUCGGGAGGCAGAGGCAGGCGGAUCUCUCUGAGCUCGAGACCAGCCUGGUCUACAGAGCGAGUUCCAGGACAGGUUCCAAAGCUACACAGAGAAACCCUGUCUCGAAAAAUCAAAAGAAACAACAACAAAGAAUAGCAUUGCCUAUUCAGGGGAACAUCUGGGCACUCAGAAAAAGAAGUCACACUGCCACCUUGCAAUUUAAUCAGUGGUUUCUUCUCAGGAGGGCAGAUCUGAGAAUCCUGCAAUGGGACAUGCUUCUCUAAAAUGCAGUGAGUUACUGAUAAUAAUCAAAGACUUUGGGGUUGUGGGUGAUAACUGAAAAUAAUGCUAAACCUAAAGGGGUGGGUUCUUGAAGAAUAAUGCAAAAUUGGCAUGAAUGCAGAUGUCUUUCUUAGGGUUCCCCUGAGGAAGAACCAUAAAGCACUGGGCCUAUCUGUACAGGCUUAAAGAAUCUAUGCAGCUGAGGCUCACUUAGGAAUCCUUCCUUUGUAUGUAAAUAUGUUGUAAAUACAUAGGAGGCUGUAUAUUUUUGCAGUUGUUGAUCCACAUGGAAAUAGAGGUCACUAGUCCCUGCACAUAAGAAAUAUACAUUCUUAGAGAUGUUAGUGGUUUUGUUUUGGAAUUAGAAGAAUUUUACCUUCUCUCCCAUAGUUGUGUCAAUGUAAACCUGGAGCCUAAAACCUUAAUUGUUUGGAAAAAGAAGUGUUGAGAAAUAACUGCUUCGAUUUCAUAUGCUGCUGUUGAGAUCUGUUAUUUAGAUGAUACAAAUAAGGACAACUUAGAAGAAAAUCAUUGUCAUAUAGAAAAAGACCUGCCCCAAAUGAGAAGUUGCUUCUUCAUAAUGUUCGUUCCUGGUUAACAUUGAUGCUACUGCAUAGGAUUUAAGAUAACAGAAGUUAGGGAGGGUUUUUUUGUUUUUUCUUCUUCCAAAAUGGAAUUAUCUUUUCCCAGACUUUGGGAUCCUUGAGGGGAGGGCCAAAUAUUCUUAUGAGCACAGAUUUGAAGGAAAACAUCCUGUUAUUUAGGGUUUUGAAGGUCUUGCAUGUUUGCCUUUUAGUGUUGAUGCCAACAUAGACUGUCUUGUCUGCCCCCCCACCACCCAUCACUUGAAACUUAACCAUUGGUACCUAAUACAGUCUCUAGAGUCCAAUGUGUCUUAGACUCUCUCUGACUCAGUACAUGUAGCAAACCACUGUUUUAUUAAUGUAAAUUCUUGUAAAUGAUUUCUGGUGGGCAUCCAAAGUGAGCCACAAGUCACAAAACUUUGCUGUCAACUGUCCAUCUUGGGAAGUUGGGUUUGUUUGUUUGUUUUUCAGGGUGUGGUAUAAAUAAGAAAGUGUGGGAAGCUAUGUUCUAUAAACUCAGUGUUAACAUAGUUUUCAAACAUUAAAAAUGUGAAUUAAAAGUA